GCUCCUGCAGGUCUGGUUUCUGUGGAGGUUUCUGCUCCUGCCAUCCAGACGCUGCCUCCUGCAGUCAGUCUGUCUCUGUCUCAUCCUCAGGCCAACAUGCCCAUCACCGUGCAGAGCUGCCCUCAGGUGCUGACCCAGGAGAGUCUGGCCUCCCUGUUGACGGGGAUGAUGGCUCAGACGGGGUCUCUGGGCCAGCCCAUGCUGAUCCCCCUCAGCAUGGCCGGAUCCAUCGGGGGGGGCGGUCUCGCUGUCCUCACGCUACCCUCCACUAACGUAGCCUCUCUUCCCGGAUACACUACAGCGAACACGGCCGGGAACCUCCUCAAACUGCCCUUCGCCGGCCUCCAGGCGACGGUCCUGAACUCUCUGCAGCCCCAGCUUCAGACCAGCGCUCAGACGAUGUUCCAGCCUCAGGUCCAGGUGACGUCUCCCUCACCUGUCCCUCAGGUGUCUGCAGCUCAGACCUCCUGCUCCUCCCAGUCCAACAUCUCCCUCGCAGCGCUGCAGAACGCAGGACUCUCCAUCAACCCCGCCAUCGUAAGACUGAUCCUCU